CCCUGGAGUUACAAACUACUUGCGAAGCCACUCGCUGCUCCUGCUCCCUCUGAAUUUCCUCCGCGGCAGAAGGAGCCCGCAGAAACGCAGACACCCGCUGCGGCGGCGCCGCUUCCUCCGCUGAACGGAGCCCGCGACUCACUUCCUACAUAUAGAUAUAUACAUUUUUUUCUCUCCUGCUCCAAGUUUGUCACCCCGUCCCCCCGUGUGUGCGUGUUGUUGUUGUGCGUGUGUUGUGCGUGUUGGUGUGUGCGUGCGUGUGCCACAGCGGGACCGACAAGCUGCUCCGUCAACUUUCCUGCCGAAUUUUGGCCAGAACAUGUCUCUGACCAACACAAAGACGGGUUUUUCCGUGAAGGACAUUUUGGACCUGCCCGACACCAACGAUGAGGACGGCUCUGUGGCCGAGGGGGGCGAGGAGGAGAGCGAGGCGCCGGAGCCGCCAAAGAGAGCGGGCGUUUUGGGACAAAACCCCUUGGACACUGUUCAGACGCUGCCUUUGAAGAGCCCUUUCUAUGAUAAUAGCGAUAAUCCCUACACGCGUUGGCUCGCCAGCGCCGAGGGCAUCCAAUACUCCUUGCACGGGCUGCCGUCGGGCGGCGGCAGCCAGGACUCGGCGUCAGCCAAGUCCCCCGAGCCGUCGGCCGACGACGAGUCCCCCGACAACGAGAAGGAGGCGGCGGGCGGCGGCGGCGGCGGUGAGGCGGGCAAGAAGAGGAAGAGGAGGGUGCUCUUCUCCAAGGCGCAGACCUACGAGCUGGAGCGGCGGUUCCGGCAGCAGCGCUACCUCUCGGCGCCCGAGCGCGAGCACCUGGCCAGCCUCAUCCGCCUCACGCCCACGCAGGUGAAGAUCUGGUUCCAGAACCACCGCUACAAGAUGAAGCGCGCGCGGGCCGAGAAGGGGCUGGAGGCGGCGCCGCUGCCGUCGCCGCGCCGCGUGGCCGUGCCCGUGCUCGUCCGCGACGGGAAGCCCUGCCACGCGCUCAAGGCGCAGGACUUGGCGGCCGCCUCCUUCCCCACCGCCAUCCCCUUCCCCGCCUACAGCGCUCCCGCGCUCCAGCCGCUGCCCUACAGCGCGCAGUGCGGGGCAGCCGGCGCGCCGCAGUACCCGGCCGCGCAUCACUUGGUGCCCGCGCAGCAGUGGACUUGGUGAGCGGCCCCCCCGCGCCCUCCCCGAGCACGCACCGCCCGGGGGGGGUACCCUGCAGACGGACACACGGACAAACUGGUGCUCCCGCACACAGCCAAACCCGCAAAAAUCGAAACUACCCGGGAAGGGAUGGA